AUGGUUGUGGAGGAGGGAAUUUUGGCAGAUUUGAAUAAUCUUAAGGAAGUUAUGCCUUUGGAUUUGCGAAUAGAUGAAUUGAUACGGGUUCCUAGACGUAAUCUCAGUUCCAGUGAACUGGAAAACGAAACUACUUUGGGUCAAUCUGGAUUAAGAGACCACCUUUGUUGUGUUAUCUGUUCUGGCAUAAUCCAAAAUUGUGUAGUAAUAAAAACUUGCCUACACCGCUUCUGCUCAACUUGUAUAGAAAAAUGUUUUCGCUCAGGAAUCAGAGAAUGCCCACAAUGCAGGAAACAUGUCCCAUCAAAGCGAUUUCUUCAUCACGAUGCAAUUUUUGACUCUAUCAUUACAACACUAUUUCCUAAUGUAAAACUAAUUAAUGACUUAAAUGACUCACUAACUCUCAUAAAAAAUAAAAAGUUGUUACUUUUGCGCAAUAAUGAACUACUGAAUCAAAGAUCUUUUUUUCGGGGCAAUGGCUUUAUCAAAACUUCGGAUUUAGAUAUUAUUUUUGACAACAGAUCGAAUAUAUUGGAUAACUUCGAGAUAAUUAGUAAAUUAUUUAUGUUCAAGGAAAAUUGCAAUAUAUGCCGCACAGAUGGUAUGUCAAUUGAUCCAUUUGGCGAUAAUGUAUGCAAUUGCAAUUAUAUACGCGGGUUGCGUGGUAUACUUAGCCUACUAGAUAGUAACCAGAGGCAAAAAGAAUUCCGUCAGGCUAGAAAAGCAGUGUUGAAUGCUCAACCUCUUCCUCCACCCUGUGGGCUGACCCAUUUUAGGCUCACACCUAAACUAGCGAAUAAUACCACUCAAAGCAACAAUUCUGUGGGCUUUGAGUUUCUUUCUAGAAGUAAUAUUACGUUGCGUGCUCUCAGCAAGUUUCUCAUCUCAAAAUUCAACAGUACAAAUCACUCAAGCCAAUUCACAGGGAACACAAAAUAUACAACAAAAGAGCAUCAAAAACCAUUUGCCCUUAGGGAUACAUUGGCUUACAUUAGAAAUGUUUCACAUGUGCUUUCACACGAUACUUUAGUGUUAUACUACUCACAAUAA